GGCGGCCUGGGAACGGCAGCAGCCGGUGACAAGCCUCUAUCGCCCUGACCAAGGUCGAGGCUGGCGGACGCGCCCCGACACACUCAUCCAUAAAAGCAGCUGUUCGGCCGCCCGGAUUCACACUCUUGGACACGAUGAAGGGGCUGCUCGCAUUCGUCGCGCUGUUUGUGGCCGUUCUCGGCAAGGAGGCGUUUCACGGUCAUCAGGUACUUCGGCUCGUCCCAAAGGAUGAUGAGCAGUUGUCGAUUCUCAAGGUCCUCGAGGACAUGAUGGAGUUUGAGUUGGACGUCUGGAGGGGGGUGACAGAUGUGACCUCUCCUGUAGAUAUCAGAGUUCCCGCCCACACCGUCGAGGCUCUGAAGAGUUUCCUGGAGACCCACGACAUUGAGUACUCCACCAUGAUUGAAGACCUGCAGGAGGUGAUGGAGAGGGAGCAGGAGGAGAUGGACUCUGCUGCCCUUCUGGCUCAGCCCCAGAAAACUGACGACUACGACUUCUCCAGGUAUCACACCCUGAACGAGAUCUACAGUUUCCAGGACAUGCUGGUGGCAGAGAAUCCCAGCAUGGUCAGCAAGAUAGUGAUUGGCCACAGCUACGAGGGCCGCCCCCUCAAUGUGCUCAAGUUCAGCACCGGUGGAACCAACCGUCCCGCCAUCUGGAUCGACACUGGGAUCCACUCCAGGGAGUGGGUCACCCAGGCCAGCGGCACCUGGUUCGCCAAGAAGAUUGUGACCGAUUAUGGACGUGACCCCGCUCUCACCGCAAUCCUCAAGAACAUGGACAUCUUCCUGGAGAUUUCCACCAACCCUGAUGGAUAUCACUACACCCACACCAAAAACCGUAUGUGGCGUAAGACCAGGAAACCCAACAGUGGUUCUUCAUGUGUCGGAGUUGACCCCAACAGGAACUGGGAUGCUGGUUUUGGAGCACCCGGUGCCAGCAACAACCCCUGCUCAGAGACCUAUCGCGGACCCAGAGCUCACUCUGAGUCUGAGGUCAAGUCCAUUGUGGACUUUGUGAAGUCCCAUGGCAACAUCAAGGCCUUCAUGUCCAUCCACUCCUACUCCCAGAUGCUGCUGUACCCCUACGGCUACACCAGGACCCCCGCCAAGGACCAGGCUGAGCUGCAUAAAGUAGCUCAGAAGGCCAUCACCGACCUGGCCUCCCUGUACGGCACCCGCUACAGAUACGGCAGCAUCAUCAACGUAAUCUACCAAGCCAGCGGCAGCACCGUUGAUUGGACGUACGAACAGGGCAUCAAGUACUCGUACACCUUCGAGCUGAGGGACACCGGCCGCUACGGCUUCCUCCUGCCGGCCAGUCAGAUCCUCCCCACGGCCCAGGAGACGUGGCUGGCAGUGAUGUCCAUCAUGGACCACACCUACAAGAACCCCUACUAAUGUGUGUCUGUGGAAGAGUUGAAAUCGCUGCGAUGAUCCCACUGCCGAUACCUUUGAAAUGGCAUCUUAAGAAUAAACGUGAAUCUUUUAAAUCUUAAAGAUCAUAUAAUAAG